CUUCUGCGUUCUUAUUGACAGCCACUGCCUUUUCCCCUACACAUAUAUAUCAGGCUGUGAAAUAACUUUCUGUCCUUCAAAAACCCACUUCCGGACAAAUGCAGAUUAUUUUCUGACUUGGUCGAUUGUCCUUUCCCUCAUACCAGGAAUCCUACCGAACUACCGACUCGACUGGCCUCUGCUCCACAGCCCUCCGCGGACGAAUCAGACGGAUAUUUCGGCAUUUCGACACAACGACCCAGAGUUGCGGCCUUUUUGAUAUGAAAGCGGAGCUUGACUAGAGCGGUUCUCAAUAUGUGGGAAGAUGAAAGCGUCGAAAUAAACUUGCGCCCUCGAUAUCCCGGCGAUGAUACACGACGUACGAGUAACAAAGAGCUUGCCGGGUGGCUCAGUUAUAGCUGGGCAGCUGAGGUUUUCGCGGUGUGCGCUAUGGGGUCGUUUCUUCCUAUUACUUUAGAGCAGAUGGCUCGUGACCGCGGUGUCCUUCUAUCCGACAAAGUGACUCCAUGUAGCGUGAACUGGAAAGUCCCUCAGCAGCCAUCAUUGCUUGACCCGUGGAGCUAUACUCUCAGUACUGAUGCGAGCGAGAGCCGCAAAAUCCCAAUUGCUGGUCAGUGCAUCGUAAGAAUUCUUGGUGUCGAGAUCAACACGGCAAGCUUUGCUAUGUACACAUUUUCUUUAAGUGUCUUCGUGCAGUCAAUGUUGAUCAUAUCUAUGUCGGGUGCUGCGGACCAUGGAAGCUAUCGCAAAACGCUUCUGGUUACGUUUGCUCUUAUUGGCUCUGUGACUACAAUGCUGUUUCUCGGGACUGUGCCAGAGCUUUACAUUCUUGGGGGUCUGUUCGGAGUAGUGGCAAACACUUGUUUUGGGGCAUCAUUCGUUCUUUUGAAUUCUUUUUUGCCCUUGCUAGUUCGCCAUCAUUCUUCUGUGCUUCGAACUGCUGAGGCCGAGGCUUCUUACGCCUCACCCGGAGAAGAUCGGCCUUUUCAGGAUAGCGAUUGUCAGAAUGUCACUGACGCGACCACUCCCCUUCUCCAACCUAGUCAGCCUGGCGUUGACACUAAUAGUUUGGAGGGUCACCACCCAGUACCCGCAGACACCUCGCAGGCACUAGAGCUCUCAACCAAGAUAUCUUCACAUGGGAUAGGGAUCGGAUAUAUUGGCUCUGUGAUAUUACAAUUGAUUUGCAUCCUCGUUGUUGUCGCCACAAAGCAAACCACCUUUUCGCUGCGUCUUGUCCUCUUUCUCAUUGGGCUUUGGUGGUUUCUUUUCACCAUUCCUGCCGGACUUUGGCUUCGUCCGCGCCCAGGACCACCUCUUCCUCAUGACGAAGGGAAGCACCAUCGCUCUUGGAUUGGCUACGUGGCCUUUGCCUGGAAGUCCCUUGGUCGCACUGCUAUGCGAACUCGACAUCUGAAAGACAUACUGUUGUUCCUAGCAGCUUGGUUCCUACUGAGCGAUGGAAUUGCUACAGUUAGUGGAACUGCUGUCCUUUUUGCCAAAACCCAGCUUGACAUGCAGCCUGCAGCACUGGGCAUGAUUAAUGUUGUGACAAUGGUUGCAGGGGUGUUUGGUGCUUUCUCCUGGGGCUAUAUAUCACGUCUGUUUGGCCUGCGUGCUUCUCAAACCAUAAUUGCAUGUAUAAUCUUGUUUGAAGUUGUGCCGCUCUAUGGUCUUUUGGGAUUUAUCCCGGCAAUCAAAAACUUGGGUUAUCUUGGCCUCCAGCAACCCUGGGAGAUGUUUCCCCUCGGUGUAGUUUAUGGCCUUGUUAUGGGUGGCUUGUCGUCAUAUUGUCGAAGUUUCUUUGGAGAGCUCAUCCCCCCUGGCUACGAGACAGCAUUCUUUGCUCUUUAUGCUAUCACCGACAAGGGCUCUAGUAUUUUUGGGCCCGCUAUCGUGGGAAUCAUCACCGACCGGUACGGUGAGAUCCGGCCUGCAUUCGUCUUCCUUGCAAUCUUGAUUUUGCUCCCACUGCCGUUAAUGCUCCUAGUUGACGUCGAUCGAGGUAAACGAGAUGCCUAUGCACUUUCUGCGGAACUAGAGGGCCACUCCACACCGGACACACCUUGCUAUGGCACAAUCCCACAAGGUCAAUCAGAUAAUGGAGAGGCUAUGACACACGCCGAGUAAUGGAAACGGGGGAAACAUGUCCACAUGAUCAUCAUCCAUAGUCUGUUCACCGUGACUGUCCCUUGGUAGAAACCUCUGUAGUGAAUAGCCAUCAGGACACGUUGCCUAUCAUGAGUCCCUCUGCAUGUAUGCUGUUUCUUGCUAGUCGAACUGCU